AUGCCGGAGGACAAGUCAUCAGUAGCGACCAAAAGACUCAACCAGGUCUCGGCGCAUCUCUCGGCGCAAAGGCUCCCUCCCGACUAUGCGGAUGUGCGCUCCCAAAUCAGUACCCUCCGCAAAAUUGCCGCUACACCUGACAUCAAUCGUCGUGGCUACAUUCGACAGAAGCAGGCAGGGAAGCUCUGGGUGCGGGAACGCCUCGAAGAACUCCUCGACCGCGAUAGCUUCCAAGAGAUUGGCUCGUUAUCCGGCACAGUAACAUGGGAGCAGACUGGACCCAUGCAGGAGAAGCCCGUUUCAUUCGUGCCGAGUAAUAAUGUCCAGGGGAUGGGGAAACUGCGUGGUCGCCGAGUACUUCUCACCGCAGAUGACUUCUCUCUUCGGAGUGGACAUGCAGAUGGCGCCACUGCAGGAAAGACAAUCUACUUGGAGAAACUAGCUUUAGCACUCAAGUUGCCCGUCGUGAAGCUUGUCGAUGGCAGCUCAGGUGGAGGAAGUGUCACUACCAUCCGCAAGGAAGGUUGGAGUUACCUGCCCCAUGUGUCAAUGUACAAACAUGUGGUGGAUCAGCUGAAUCAAGGCAUUCCAAAUCUGGGAGCCGUAGUUGGGCCGGCUAUUGGCCUUGGAGCCGCCCGCGUCGUCUCCUGCCACUUCUCUGUCAUGGCUGCAGAUGUAGGCUCGCUCUUUAAUGCAGGCCCCGAGGUGGUCAAAGGGGCAACAUUUGAAGAGGGGCUGGACUUCCAGUCAUUGGGCGGCCCCCUGAUACACUGCACCAAUGGGACAAUAGAUAAUCUCGCUGCCAACGAAGUUGAAUGCUACGAGCAGAUCCGGACUGUCCUAGGAUUUCUGCCUAACUGUGGUCGAGAGGCGCCACCUGUCGUCGCCAGCGAUGACCCCGAAGACCGUGAGGAUGAGGCGCUACGUCAGAUUAUUCCUCGCCGACAGGCAAGAAUGUAUAACCCACGAACUAUCAUCACUAGCGUGGUUGAUCGCGACUCGUGGUUCGAGAUUGGCGCCCUCUGGGGUCGUACUGCUAUCGGUGGUCUAGCAAGGCUAGGAGGGCGGCCUAUUGGAGUAGUUUCCUUGGACUGCGAAGUAAACAGCGGAGCACUCGACGCAGCUGGAAGCCAGAAAUUGACGAGGUUGUUGAAGCUUUGUGAUGUGAUGAACCUGCCUGUGUUGCAGUUCAUUGACGUUCCCGGUUACGCCAUCGGAACCGCUGCCGAGCGCACUGCGACAAUGCGAUGGGGGGUUGAGCUAGCCAAGGCCUACAACUCGACUACAAUGCCAAUGUUCAAUGUAAUCACUCGACGAGUGUACGGUGUGGCUGGUGGUAUUAUGAUAGGCGCCCGUGACCCGGUUAUGCAAGUGGCCUGGCCAUCAGGACAGUGGGGAUCUCUGCCACUCGAAGGAGGCAUCGAAGUUGCCCAUCGACAUGAGCUGCGCGAGGCAGAAAAAGAAGGCCGGAAGGCUGAGCGAUACCAGGAACUAGAUGAAGAAUACCGGCGAUUGAUGAAUCCGGUGCGCACAGCGAAUGCGUUCGGCAUCGAGGAGAUCAUUGAUCCUAAAGACACGAGAAAGGUGUGCUGUGCAUGGGCACGGCAUGCGUAUAAGGUUAUGAUACCGGAGAGAUUGGCAGAUCGGGCUGCUGGGCGAAUUCAACCAGUGUUCUCUUAG